UGCUUUGGGGGAACCCCUCCCCCCUCCUCCCCCGCAGAGGAUGCGGGACAGUCUGACUGGUCCUGAGCUCUUGACUCCUCUCGGCUCAGAAGUGGUCGCGAUUAUCCUGAGAAUCUCACCGGAAUCUCGCUCUGGGAUCAGAUUUCUUCUGUUUUUCUGGUUUUACCCUUCCGCUCCAAGUCUGGAUUUGUGAUAUCAUGACGGAAUAUUGAGGAUAGUUUUAAUUAUGGUUCGCUUUAAAUGUCCAUGUUUACGGAGCUGCAGCUGAGGUUUCAUUUGAUGUCGGACUGGAUUGUUUCAGCGAGAUGGAUACACAUGAGAGCGCAGUGCUCAAACUUUUUGUUGUUGGGAUUUUGGAAGCAGAAUCAGCAGAGCAGAGGCAGAGAUGGUCUGCAGCACAGGGACUCUCUCCAGGAUGUGUUUAAUAAGGCUGAGGGAUCUCAGACAGCAGUUGUUGAGCUGAUAUGUGGUCUUGGUGCCAUCUUGCUUCUCCCAUGUGGACUCUGAACCAGUCAAUGUCUGGAUGAUGAGAGGCCUGUCAGCCACUGACAGUUUCAGCACAGAGCCCACCCCCCUCUGGCCGAGGAAAGCCUGCAAUGAGUCACGUCUGCAGUGGGAGGUGGAGAUCUGUGGAGAGGACUUCAAGCGCGACAUGGCUCACAUAGAUCCACAGUACUGGUGUAACCUCACACACUUCAUCAGUGAGUACCACCUCUUCACCCUCUGCACAGAGACCAAGUCCCAAAUUGUCCACUGCUACUGGCCCAAUCCACUAGUGGAGAGCUACAUCAUCCGUGUACACAAGCACUUUUUCUCCAACUGCACCAUGGAACAGGUAGUGUGGGUGGACCCGCCGGAUGACAUGCUCACCAUCCUCAUCCUCAUCCCUGUUUUCCUCACCAUGGCCAUGAUUGCCCUGGUGGUCUGGUGCAGCAAGAGGAGUGAUAUCCUGGCCUAGGAAGGGAGGAGGAUGGAAGGGGAUGGAGAAGGACUGAGUUCACAGUCCCAGCCUCUUGACUGAAACAGCACUGGACACAUCAAAGGAGUUGUUGCUGGUCAGACGUUCCAUCAGUGGCUCUGCAAACCACCCAAGCGCCCUGUGAAGACAAGGAAAGCAGUCCCUGGUUGUUUUAUAAAACUUUUCAUGUAUAAAACAUCUUACAUUGGCCUGCAAUACUAGAAGAUGGAUACCACCAGUCUGCUAAAUAUUAACAUACAGCCAGCAGCUGAUCCACUGGUGGAGAGCUAGCUUAGCAUAAAGGCUGGAAGCAGGGAAAAGCAGCUAUACUGGCUCUAUCUAAAGGCAAAAGAAAAACUGCUUACCAGCCUUUCUUAAACUCACUGAUUAACACAUUUAAUUUCUUUAAUGUAACUUCAAACAACAACUCGCCGUUUGAUGGUGUGUUAUGUCCAGUUUAGGAAACUCCAGGCAGGUUAGUUUUGGAAAGAGCUCUUUAACACUGUUUUCAGUCUUUAUACUAUACUUAUACUAAGCUAAGCUAGCUAGCAGCUAGCUCCAGCUAUGUAUUUAUCAGACAGACAUGUAUGGUAUCAAUCUUCUUUUGGCCCCAAAUAUCAAAGUAUUUCUUUAAUUGAAUGUGUUUCUGAAUGGGGAACUCUCCUUUAAAUUGUGGGGAAUGUCUCCUGUUUGCCACAGAUACAGGGCAGUCUCUGUCUCUCUGUGCAACAGGGACAAAGACCUAACUGAGACACAGAGGAUGUUGGUGGUUUGAUGCCGUCGUCACUUAUCAGGGAAACUGACCAGUGGGGCAGUUCACCAGAUCUUGGAUCUGAAGCAUGGACAUCGUAGAUUCUUGUCAGAGAACUGUAUUGUUGCUGAAGGCCAAAGUAUCCACCAAGCAUCAGAGGCAUCGACUGAACUCAAGACUUCCAGAGGACACUUGUUAAAUAUUUGAACAUGAUACUGUUUGAUGGCUUGGAAGGAUGAAAAAGAUGCCAAAUUUUGACUUAAUAUUGAUUCUGCAGGUUUGAUCUUACUGUUGACUUACUGAAUGGACAGAAAAAAAACACUGGUGUGGAUCCCAAAGACAAGGCAACAGUAUGAUUUGUAUAUUUUGGGACUUGAAUUUCUUGUGUGACUACCUGAGCCCUGAUGGACUGUAACUUAUACUAUGGAAUAAAUUACUGUUAAUAUACUGUUAAAAUACUCACAAACAGGUGUUCUCUGUGGAAACAGACUAACUAUGAACUGACACUGGGAUUUCACUGUACAAUUAUACCCUCUGUGCUGUCUACUGUAUCUGCAUUGCAUCUCCACACCAGUGGAAAUUAAUUCCUUUUUAACGUACGCACAUCAUCAGUUUUUUGGACUGCUCCUCACCAGCCACCAGGCCAACUAAACCAAGCACAGAUUUUUUGUUCUUCCAAAGCGUUGCCAUCAGUUUAUGUUUGUCAGCUCACCUGUGCACUUUCUCACCUCAGCUGCUCCCUGUGGAAACUAAAACUCAGCUUAAGUACCUUGAUUAAAUCUCCAGUCUCUUAGAAUAGUUGAUUUCUCUCCUUCAUUACAUGAAGAAAACAAACACUGAGCAACACAGUUUUGUGAUGCUGUCUUUUUUUAGCUCAUUUUAGCAGGGUUUCCCUCAGGAAACUGAUAGGGGGGAUGUAAGCCCCUCACCAAAUGUUCAAAGCCCUGUGUGAUAGAGAUCCAGCUGGUCAGCACACAGUUUUAACUGACUUUAUAUUUAAUCAUUUGUCUUAACAUUUAACCAGCUUGGAAGACGAAGACUGACACUGUCCCUGACACUGUGACACACUGCUCUGAUUGGUUAUUACAUGCAAACACGUUAUAUAGAUAGAUAGAUAGAUAGAUCAGUCACCUGCUGAGCAGACUCACAUCCUGACACAGUCCAUCUCUUUAUCAGUUAUCAGAUGAAUUCUUGAAAACAUGGCCUUUGCUGUGUUUAGAAGCACCACUGCUUGUUUUGUAUGAUAUUUUUAUAAAAAAGGAAUAUUUCUUCUGAUAGUGGAGAGGCUCUUUAUUUCACUUCCACCAGACAUGCGGCACAACAGGAUGAUAACACUGUCCUUAAAGGACAUAGUGAACUAACUGCUGCCACAGGAGGAAAAACAGCAUUUCCCCUACCUCAUCUGGUGUGAAUUAGGCUCAAUGCUAACUUUAACCCUGGAAUAAUGUAAAGGUUACUUUAAGAUAUCAAACUGAUAAGCAUGUAUUCAAAUAUAAAAAUGCUAUUAAGAGUCAUCAUGACUAAAUCUCCCCUUUACUUUUCCACUGAAGACUUGACUCAAUUGAGUCUUUACUUUUUUGUUCUAAUGAACUCUGAAACACAGAACUUCAGUCCAGCACAGGGGUCGUGAGGUGCAUUAAGAAUGAUUUGAAACCUGUCAAAGGCUUUUAAAACAAACCUUCAUAUGACCAAUGCUCACUGAGUGUAAUGACUGAUCACCAGAUCUAUAGAUGUUUCCUCCGGAGUCGUCCAGCGGGCUGCUCCACCCACCUGAGCGGUCCCAGCUAACAAACAAAGCCUCCUUGUUUAUCAAGUCCUCUUUUUAAUCUGUCAUCUGAGAAGUGUGUAAAUGUGUGCGUAUGAACAUCCAUCACUGUCAAAAGGAAAUGCAGUCAUUACUGGUGUACACUUUCACAUCCUGAAGGAAUCAUUUUAUCAUUAUUAACUGUAGAUACUAUUUAAGGUCACAAUUAAAAUCAAAUCA